AAAUAAUCUCAAACAUUUUACUGAUAGCGUUCACAGUUCCCUCGCUACGUUUGGCUUCCGAUAUUCACAUGUUCACUUUUAUUUUCUGGACACUUUUGUGUUAUUUCCACUCAAUCCAAGGCCUUCUUGAGCCCCAAGUUAUAUCAGCCACAUUAUUAAAAGGGGUGUCAAGUGACAUAUUGGGUCACAACGACUCGACAUCCACGGAGUUUGCUGUCAUAUUCAAUCAGUACGUAAAUCUUACUGAGGCGGAGAAGGCGAAUAGGGAAAUAUUGAGGAGGGUAGCGGCGGAGUCGUACAACUCUACUGGAAAUGAGAGUCAAAACACGACUGGGUCAGAAGAAUGGCAAACUGCUUUAGACGAGGCAUUGACAGAGGAAAAUAUAACUGUAGCAUACAGCCAAGCGCUCAACAACAAAAUCCUUAAAUAUCUAGUAACCUACGCAAGCAACCCUGAGAACCUUAGAGAGUUGUACCAUUUGUACCAAGAACGAUUGGAUUUGAAAAGGAGACAGAUGAAUGUAACAAAUGUUGCAAAUAUUGAAGACAAUGAACUGUAUUCUAAUGAAACUGAUGGUGCAGGAUUUGGCAAAGAAGCUAAUGAAACAGGAACCGAAGAUGGGAUCCCGUAUUGGUCUGCGAAAGACGUGCCAACCCGUCGGAUCUACCAUGGUCUCGCGGUCGAUAUCAGAGACUACCCGUUCUUAGUCAGCGUCCAUUUGCUGAACGUAUUCACCUGCGCCGGGUCCAUCAUCAGGGAUGACCUUGUUCUUACUGCUGCCUCGUGUUUACAGCUCGCCUACAACAACCGUUUCUACCGCGAGAACCCCAGCUUCAUCGCCGUCCGCGCCGGCUCCACCUUCUUCUUCUUUGGCGGCGAAACCAUCCCUGUCCUAAAGGUCUUCUUCCACCCAAGAUACGACCCGAAGACCCUGUACAGCAACCUGGCCAUCAUGCAGCUGCGAAGGGUCCUCAGCUUUAGGCACAAGAGAGUAAAGAAGAUCGAGAUCGACCGCUCGCCGACCGCUCUGCCUGAGAAUACACCCCCGAUUGUUAUUCUUGGGUGGGGGGCUACCACGGAGAGCAAUUUACAACAACACCGAAAGCAACUAUCGGCAACCAAUCUAGAUUUCUACGACCAUAAGUUGUGCACUGAAAUAUAUGGAGAAAAAUUUUUAACAAAAAAAAAUUUCUGCGCUGGCUUCAUCACUAGAGGGGAAGGUGCAUGUAACCAUGACGUAGGCGAUCCCGGGGUCGCGGGCAUGUACCUGAUAGGGGUCACAAGUUUCGGCUCCCCGAUCUGCGGACGACCUGACACCCCCACUGUCUUCACCAAGGUCGGCUUCUACGCUGACUGGAUAGAGGAGAUCAUGACCCAGAAAAGAAAUCGAUUUGGCGCCAGAGUAACAACAGCGCGACCCUACAGAGUAUUAGAUAAAGAAGUCAUCCUAUUCGGGAUCCACGGGGAGGAUGAGCCCAUCCCUUUACAACGUGAAGCCACAAACAUGCCAGAGGAGCCCAAGCCAGCCCAAGACACUGCAUCUGUAGAUGAACACCUCCGAAUAGUGAUGGAUGAACUUAAAAAGCUUGGAGUACAAAGCAAAGAGAGCGAGAAUAUACUCCGGAACAUACAAUCUGGAACAACCGAAAAAGAAGAAGUAACUCUACCAGACAAUGAACAAGAUCCCGAAGUAAGACCUGGUGCUGUAGACAAUCCAAUAAUCGUUCAUCAUUAUAUAUCUGAUCCAGAACCAGAAACCGGUAUUGCAUUAAGAGAAGAAGAUAAAGAAGGUAAAGAGGAAGAAACUAAACAUAUGCCGGAAGACAUUGAUUAUUAUGCUACAACCAUGAACCCAGUUGAUCGUGCAACCCAAGUAUUUGACUUUGAACCCAGACAAGCAGGGUCAAAAGAAGAAGAAAACGAUGGAGAUCUCAGCAGACUGACAAAACCACCAGACAGCCAUAUUAAUAUGAAUUCAGAAUCUGAUUACUCUGAGAAUACUGGUGUUGUUGAUGCUGGAGUUGCUUCUGCUGCAGAUGACGAUAAUGAUGAUGAUAAUCCUGCAGGAGCCGUGUCAAAAGAACCAGAUAUCAAACACGAAGAAAACUACAGUAAAUCUAAUUCGAAUAAUAAACGACAUCCAGUUGUUAAAAAGGACAAAAGGAAAAAAACAUUAAGAAAAAAGCGUCGACGUCCUAUUGUAGUAAAUAAGAAAGACAUACAUAAGCCAAAAGAUGAGGGUUACGUCCCGGGAAUCCCACCAAACAUUCUUGGGAGUCAACAUCCUAUUGAUUUAGGAUCUGGCAAAAUUUUAGCCAAUUAUCACAUUCGUCAAGCUCAUCUAAAUGACGAUAAUAUUCAAGCGCAACAUCCAGAAGUUUGGAAAGAAAGUGUUGAAUCAACUACCAAAGUACAAGAAACGGUGCAUACUGAUAGUACAAAUAAUAUUUCAGAUGAUAUAGUGAAGCAAGAAAUCCAGAAAUUGUUGGAUCAGCUAGAAAUAAGUAGUGAGACAGACUCACCAACUGAAGCGGUUACUGAUGCUUUGCGCAAUAAUUUGCAAAAUCAGGAUCUGGAUAAAGCUUUAGAUGCUGAAACGGUACUCACUUUUCUAUAUUUGACAGAUGUCGAACAGAAAGUCCGCCCACGAGCAAAGGCUGUUGAGGGGUUAAGCAUAGAUCCAAAACCGUUUAACGAAAUGCAAGAUAGUAAUGCAUUAGUAGGGAAGAGUGAGAUAUAUAAAAUCUUUGCUGACGUUAUGAACACUGUAGUUAAUAAAACAUUGGAUUAAAA